UCGAACCUCAGAGGCGCACGGGACGUAUCUCUGUGUUCCACGCCGGACAUCAGGCGCCUUCACGCGGCUUCCACUCCACAGCCACCCGGCUCACUUGUCUGGCUCCUUUUCAUUCUUACCAUUUAUUUAUUUUUAUUUUUUUGCUUUUGUGGUUGCAUUGUUGGCCUCGCUAAUACUUUGACACGGACGGGACGUGGACAAAAAUAUUAGGGACACUUAGAAGAAUUUUUCUUCAUUUUUUUAAGGGGGAAAGGAAGCACGCCCACCUGGAACCGAGGACAAUAACAACAUGCCUCAGACACCGCGCACCACUGGAGGAUAUAACAAAAACCUCUACCAGACCAAGGAGGAGGUCUAUUCUGGACUCUCCUACCAUGACAACAACCUGGUGUCCGGAUCCUUGGAGGCCCUCAUACGACACCUGCUCCCCACCGUUGACUAUUAUCCUGAUAGGACGUACAUCUUCACAUUCCUACUGAGCUCUCGCCUCUUUAUCCACCCGUACGAGCUUAUGUCCAAAGUGUGCCACCUUUGCGUGGAGCAGCAACGACUUGGCGAUCCCCAAGCCGAUAAGAUUCGACUUAGGAAGAUCGCUCCAAAGAUCCUGCAGCUGUUGACCGAGUGGACAGAAACCUUCCCGUACGACUUCCGGGAUGAGCGGAUGAUGCGGAGUCUGAAGGAGCUCACGCAUCGGCUCUCCACUGGAGACGAGAUUUACAGGAAGGCGGUGAGCCAGUUGAGCCAAGGUUUGAUCCGGAGGCUGACUGUUCUCAGCCAAUACGAGGAGGCUCUGCUCAAGAUCAAUGCCACAGUGGCCGAGCGUCUGACCGUCCUCAAGGCCAAACCCCAGCCUGCCCACCAAAGAGACAUAAUGUCCAUCUGCAAUGACCCUUUCACCGUGGCCCAGCAGCUGACCCACAUAGAACUGGAGAGACUCGGCUACAUCGGCCCCGAGGAAUUUGUCCAAGCAUUCAUCCAAAAAGAUCCGGUGGACAACAACAAGAGUCGCUUCAGUGACCACAAGAAGGCCACUAACCUGGAGGCCUACGUGGACUGGUUUAACAGGCUCAGCUACCUAGUGGCUACGGAAAUCUGCAUGCCCGUAAAGAAGAAGCAGCGUGCAAGGGUGGUGGAGUUCUUCAUCGACGUGGCACGUGAAUGCUUCAACAUCGGCAACUUCAACUCCCUCAUGGCCAUCAUUUCCGGGAUGAACAUGAGCCCCGUGUCGCGCCUCAAGAAGACGUGGAGCAAAGUGAAGACGGCAAAGUUUGACAUCCUCGAGCACCAGAUGGAUCCCUCCGGAAACUUCUACAAUUACAGGACGGCACUCCGCGGCGCCACCCAGAGGUCCAUCACCGCCAACAGCAGCAGGGAGAAGAUCGUCAUCCCGUUCUUCAGCCUGCUCAUCAAAGACAUCUACUUUCUGAACGAAGGCUGCGCCAACCGGCUGCACAACGGACACGUCAACUUUCAGAAAUUGUGGGAAUUGGCCAAGCAAGUUAGCGAAUUCAUGAGCUGGAAGAAGGUGGAGUGUCCGUUUGACAAGGACCGCAAGAUUCUGCACUACCUGCUGAGCGCGCCCGUCUGCAGCGAAGAUGCGUUGUAUCUGGCGUCGUACGAGAGCGAAGGUCCCGACAACAACACCGAGAAAGACAGAUGGAAGUCGCUCAGAUCAACGCUGCUAAAUCGAGCGUAAACCUCCAACAUGAGGAAGACCCCAGCUGUCCCAAAAGUGACUUUAAAUAAUAAUAAUAAAAAAAAAAAAUACAGUAUCCUCCAUGUCUAUGAGGAAACCACAAAAGUUACAUUUUACAUUUGUACGCGUUGCUUCGAUGUAGAUGGCGGCUUUUUCCACCUCUUUGUAAGACUUUUCUAGUCUCCUUUUCUACGAUGAUCCCUUUGAGUGGGUGGAGCUACGUGCUAGCUGCUGGUUGGCUAACACGUGCCACGUCACGAAGCUAAAGCUAGCUGUUAUUCAUUUCUUGGGUUUUUUGGAUGAAAUAAAUGCGCAGGCUGCAUUUCAAAGAUGCCUCGAGUGCUAACUUAGCAUGUUGGCAUCUGAACACAGUGAAUAAGCUACACGCUUUAGCAUUUUUAUGUUAAUUGUUGUUUGACAUGUUUUCCUCUGCUCAAGUUUUUGAAAAACACUUUAUGUAAUGAAAGUUUUGUGUUUUUAUGUAGAGUCCCCACCUCAAUAUUUACCUUAUUUAAUUGUCAAUUGUGAUUUCUGUAGAUCUUUAGUUUUUGUGUAAAUAAUGCCUAAUUUUUCCCCCAUCCACACCUAUUUAAAUGUUUUUUUGUCACCAAGAGUGAGUUAAUAAAAAAAGAAA